UAACAGGUACAAUAUGGGAUCUGGGGAGAAAUGAAGAUGAAGCCAUAAGGCGCGGAAUAUCUAUGUCGUUGUUUUUCCCAUCGCUUCUUUCUGUGUUGAGCUCUAGACUGAGUUCGAUGAAUUCAGUUUAUCGGCUUGACCAAUCAGAGCUCGGUGCGCGUUGCGUGCGAGGUGAGGCGGCGACCUACUAUUGGCUGAGGUGGUUUUCUCCAAAGGGGCGUAUUUUUUCAAGCCAUCUUGACUGAAUAUUUAGCCUCAUCCAAGGUACAUUAAUUUGAUAUCUUCGGGAUUUUGCUGCCCCCAAGUUGCUAACAGGCAUCGUUUGAAAGGUUUAAAGCACAGCUAUGAGACCGGGUCGAGUUUGUGUGUCUGACCGAAGUCACAGCGGAGAAGUGAAGUGCUGAAGAUGACGCUGUCGCUCCUGAAAUUACCGGCUAGCUAAGCUAACGGCUAGCAUGUCCGCCUUGGUUGUAGUCUGUCACUAGCUGACAUUUAGCUAGGUGCAGUAAUUCUGUUUGGCACUCGCACUGCAGAGGACGAUUUUACAAGGGAGCUGGUGUAAACUCCCAUGCGGAAGGUGAGGAGGUGGGAAUGUGAGACAGUUGUUUGCGGACUCAACAUGGGUAGGGGUCGAGGCAGAGGGAGAGGAAGGGGCAGGGGAUCGUCUGGCCAGUUGCGGCCCCCCUCGCCCUACAGACUGCAGCUCUCUCCAUCCAGGGAGACUUUGACAUACGCUCAGGCACAGAAAAUAGUGGAAGUGGACCUAGAUGGAAGGCUCCAUCGGAUUAACAUCACAGAUCCUCUGCCGGUUAUAACUGAGGACGAGAUGAUGGCCCAGGACAUUGCUGAGUGCAACAGCAAUAAGGAGAACAGUGAGCAAACGCAGAGUAAAACCAGAUCGUGUAGAAAACCCUCAAACAGUAAAAGCAGGAGGAGUGGUAAAAAUCCAUCUCAUCAGAACCAACGGUCUGGCUCCCAGCAGCACACAGGUGCUACCAAUUCCCUCCAGCACCCACCUAACCAAAGCCCACUGCCCGAGCCCACCUUCCGUGUGCUGAGUUCAGUUUGCCCUUCAGAGGCGCCUCCUCUCCCUACAGCAUACUACCGUUACAUAGAAAAGUCAGGGGAGGAACAGGACAGUGUGGCUGAGUAUGACAUGGACGAGGAGGACCUGGCCUGGCUGGAGAUGGUGAACCAGAAGAGGGUGUCUGACGGUCAUGCCUCUGUAUCUCCAGACACUUUUGAGCUACUGAUUGAUCGUCUGGAAAGGGAGUCUAUCCUGGAGUCCCGUAGCCAGGCUCUGUCCCAGAGUGCAGUCGAUGAGGACGCUUUCUGCUGUGUCUGCCUGGAUGACGAAUGUCUCAACAGUAAUGUCAUCCUGUUCUGUGACAUCUGCAAUCUGGCCGUCCACCAGGAGUGUUAUGGUGUGCCCUACGUUCCUGAGGGCCAGUGGCUGUGCCGCUGCUGCCUGCAGUCCCCCUCCCGUCCUGUAGACUGUGUGCUCUGUCCCAACCGAGGAGGUGCCUUCAAACAGACAAGUGAUGGACGUUGGGCUCAUGUUGUCUGUGCCAUAUGGAUCCCGGAGGUGUGCUUUGCCAACACAGUGUUUUUAGAACCUGUUGAGGGGGUCAAGAACAUCCCUCCUGCUCGCUGGAAGCUCACCUGCUACCUGUGUAAGCAGAAAGGCAGAGGAGCAUCCAUUCAGUGCCACAAAGCCAACUGUUACAGGGCCUUUCAUGUUACCUGCGCCCAGAAGGCUGGCCUCUUUAUGAAGAUAGAUCCAGUCCGGGAGACGGGCGUCAACGGUACCACCUUCUCUGUGAAGAAGACUGCUUUCUGUGAGCAUCACUCCCCUGUUGGGUUUCGGCGGGACGGGUCAGGAGACGAGUCGGUUGAAGGAAGACUGGUAGGGGGCAGAGGGAACCGGGGUCAGAGGUCAUAUACUCAAAGACCCCCCUCACCACCAAACAAGAAGCCUGUCAAAGGCCAGAAAAAGAAGAAUACAAAAGGGUCUGGUGGGUCGACACGUCGCUCAAAUGUGCCUGUGCUGCUCGUGCCUCAGAUCCCCUCUCACAGGCUAAACAAGAUCUGCACAGGAGCUGAAGUCCAGAGAAAGAAUCAAUUCAUGCAGAGGCUUCAUAACUACUGGUUACUGAAACGUCAGUCACGAAAUGGGAUGCCUUUAAUACGUCGACUUCAUUCCCAUCUACAGGCCCACAGGACUGCAGAGCAGAGGGAGCCCGACGAGAAGCUGUGUGCUGCGAGAGAGGAGCUUCGAUACUGGCAAAAGUUGAGGCAAGACCUUGAAAGAGCCAGACUUUUGGUGGAGUUGAUCCGCAAGAGAGAGAGGCUAAAGAGAGAACAGAUGAAAAUUCAGCAGGCUGCUCUUGAGUUGAAGUUGACUCCAGCGUUGACGCUUCUCCGAUCCACCUUGGACCAACUGCAAGAGAAGGACACGGCCAAAAUCUUCUCUGAGCCCGUCAAUCUGUCAGAGGUCCCAGAUUACUUGGAGUUUAUUUCCCAACCCAUGGACUUCUCCACCAUGCGUACCAAACUGGAGGGACAUGCCUACUGCUCCAUCACCGACCUAGAGAAGGACUUUGACCUUAUGAUUACUAACUGCCUCAAGUACAACUCCAAGGACACCAUGUUUCACAAGACAGCUUUACAGCUGCGGGAGGUGGGUGGAGCCAUCCUCCGCCAUGCACACAGGCAGUCUCAAAGCAUUGGCCUGGACCCCAACACCGGCAUGCAUCUCCCUGAGGCUCCAAACAAACAUGGCUUCUACCAUUGUACGUGGGAUGACGUGGACUCUCUGCUGGACCCAGAGAACAGACUGCACUUAACCACAGACGAACAACUAAAGGCCUUGCUGGAUAAACUGGACAUGGUUACAUCCAUGCGUACCAGCGGUGGACGAACCAAGCGCAUUAGGCUUCUGCGCCGAGAGAUCAACACUCUCAGACAGAAGGUGAACCAGCAGCAGCAAAACACUCAGUCUGUGAAUGGUAAUGACAAAGAUGAUGAUGGAAAAGAAGAGGAAGAAGAGGAGGAGGAGCAAGAAGAGGAGGAACAGGAGAAGGAAAAGAAGACAAAUAUUGUGGAUAAUGGACCUUUGACUGCAGUGUCCACCUCUGGGACAGAUGACUCUCCACCUGUGCUAGAACUUACUUGCCCAGUGUCUUCACCACUGCCAGGAGAUGCUCCUCUCGAGCCUCCUGUCCUGGGUAUUGUAACUGGAGGCCGAAGGUCACCAGGGCGCUCAUACAAGCGCCAGAGAUCAUCCCGCAGUGGGAGCAAAAGCCAAGGUGAAGAUGAGGCUGAAGUCGGUGAAACACCAUCUUCACAACCGGAAGCUGUUCACGAAGUUACACCGCUGGGAACACCCCCAACCAUACCUUUGGCGGGGGUUGGUCGUCGUACGUCUGUUCUGUUUAAGAAAGCUAAAAAUGGGGCACGGAUGGCAAAAAACAAGUCCCCACCACAGCAGAAUGGGAAAUCGUCUGAAGGUAAAACCAAUGGGUUGGAGAGCACCCCUGGUAGUCCAAAUUCACCCGGUGUGACCAACAUCACCACUUUACCUCCCAGUCCAAAUGCCUCCCCUGCACCUCCCUCUCCUUCCUCGCACCACCUGAGGUCCAGAGGCCUCAGCUCAGAAAAUGACGCAGACAAACUCCCUCCACCACCCAGGGAAGCAGGCCUCACAAAUGGAAAGCACAACUCUGCAGACCAUGAUGAUGACGACCAAACAUUAAACUGUAGUGUCUCCCCACCCAAACGUAGUCGGGGUAAACCUGCACUGGCCAAAGUCCCUGGCAGUGAGAAUGGAGACAUCUCUGGGUCUGGAAAGUCUACACUUCUGUCUUUAGAUAGUGAGACAGAGCUUGCGCCACUGGACCUAGUUUGGGCCAAAUGCAGAGGAUAUCCGUCAUACCCAGCAAUGAUUGUUGACCCAGAUAUGCCCCAGGAAGGGCUUCUGCAUAACGGCAUCCCCAUUCCAGUGCCUCCUGUGGAGGUACUUAAACUGGGCGACUGGAGACAAAUGGACGAAGGCGAAAAGCUCUUCUUAGUGCUCUUCUUUGACACCAAAAGAACUUGGCAAUGGCUCCCUCGUAAUAAACUACUGCCGCUGGGGAUGGAUGACACUGUAGACAAACUGCGCUUAAUGGAAGGAAAGAAACCCAGUGUUCGCAAGUCUGUACACACUGCGUAUGACCGAGCCAUAGUACAUUUAAACCACGUGAGAGGAAAUCUUAACUUCACUCCUUCCAAUUUUAUAUAAAUUUUAGCUGAAACAUUUCAUCAUCUUAAACAGGCUGCCUGGUUAUAUGUAUAGAAGCUUCAUCAACGCUCUUAAAAAGUGGAAAAGUACAAUUAGGGAUUACCAACAUUUCCAGCAGUUGAUGGUAUUAAAAGGUUUUCUGUUUAGACCCGAUGCUCUGGUUUUUAAAAUGGAGAGAAAAGGUGCUUGAACAUAUUUUUGUAGAUGAAUUUGUUCAUUUAUUCAAGUAAUUUUUUUUAAAAAAGGUUUUACACAACCACUGUUGCUAUGUGUUCAUAUAAAGUUUAUUAUUUUAGGCCAAAGUGAGUCAAGACUCAAGUGAGAAAAGUGUAAAUAUUUAAUUGUGAAAGGGACUGUCUUGAUUCAAAACAUAUUUAGAUUGUAAUUGCCAUAGAAAUGUCACUGUGUUUAUUGAAGUGCAAAAGUCCCACUUAAUGUUCAUGUCAUAUCUGGACUCCAGAGAAAUUUAGCUUUGACAGUUAUGGAUGAAAAUUUUGUCUUUGAUAUUUCUAAGUGAUACUGGUGAUAUUAAAUAAAACAUUUAAUAUUACCAGUAUUUUCCAAAUAAAAAGGCACCAAACUAAGAAAUAGAUCAUUAUGUAGCUUAUGCACUUAAAUCUGCAGAGGUGGUAUACUCUGCUGCUCAAGACGCCUUGAUAAAUGUAAGGCAAACAAGUUAAUAGUAGUAACUUGGAAAGAAGGCCAAAGUGAAAAAUAAAAUGUUCUUUUGCUUUUCCUUUAAGCUCUGAAGAAGGCGUGCUGUUGACACUACAUCGUCAUUCUGAAGCACUCCUGCUUCCUUUUGCAAAUUACUGCUGAAUUACUACUCGUUUACUCCAUAAACUUAUAAUAACCUAUAUUUCAAAUUUUCCCUCCAUUGAAUCACAUGGACUCUAGCCUUUUACUUACUGUUGGAAAUAUUAUUCAAAAACAAAUAUGUCAAACUUGCUAGAGCUGGCAGUGACACUGAAUUUAAAGCUAAGCCUGAAAGGAAGCAUAACUGGUUCUACGUUUCAUUCCUAGAUGUUUGGGUGUGUACACAUUUUAUUCAGUGGCUCUGAGAAUUGGAAGUACAGUACAAUAGAACAACUCAAAGUAGUAGAAAUACUGAUAAAUGUUGGUCAAAUGGCUGCCAGUGCAAACACUCUUGAACUUUUAGUCCAGCUAUGAUGUGUUUUGGGUGGGACUUGAGAGGUUUUUACUUAUUUUUCCAUAUUGUGAAACUGUAUUAUGAUACUAGAAUGAGUACCUGGUGCAGCUACUUGGUUAGUAAGAUGUGACGCCACUACAGAGGUGAAGCUGAUUAUUUAGUGGUUAUUAUAACGAAGUCUACUGCAAUCACUCACUGAAAAACUUGCAAUUAUUUGCAAAUCUGGCUGAAAUGACUUGAAAAGCACAAUCGGUCUGUUUUUAAAAAAAAAAAAAAGAUGAAAAAAACUUGUAGGAUCGGUGACUCCUGGAGCCAUAUGUGUGGCAAAAAGCUUGUGUGUGUGUAUACAGUAUAUACAUAUAUGUAUACAGCCUCAGUGUAGUAAAGGUGCAUGUGUAUAGUUUUGUAAAUAUGUAAAUGUAUGUUUAUAUUGGCUUACAUGAAGUAAUUUAAGGAAUGCAAAAAUCAAAUUUAGAUUUUAAUUUAUAAUUUGUGGCAGUUGAGAGUGUUAUUUAAAAAGUAAAAUAUUGAAAAGAUUUAUGUAUGAUGCUACGUAGCUCUUUGUAAUAGUGAUGGUAUUCACCAACAUGUCAGAACAUAUUCUCUAGAAGUGAGGUGGCACAAGACCUGAGCUCUGUAGGCAGCAGUGACGCCUACAUGAGCUUUUCUUGUUUUUCUUGGUGGCACAGGAGAUUUUUUGAUCUUGUCAUUUGAAUUGUACUGCAAGAUCUGUUAAUCUGCCUGAGACAAUAUUUUCUCAUACAAGAAUAAAUGCUGUUUGAAACAA